ACCAGAAACAGGAGUCGCACCAGCGGCUGGGAACGGGGAAUCUGCUCCUCAGAAACCUCGGGGGCACAGAUACCCCUGGCUCAAAGGGGUUUUGAGGGGAAGGGAAAAUAGAAUUUGGUAAUUUUAGUGAAAUAAUCAAGAGCCGAAGGCAGAUCUUAGGCAAAUAAGGUAGAGGCAUGGAUCCCACUGUUUUGGAUGCCGGCUUGAAUUUUUUAUUUACUUUUCUGUUUUGACCACUGCUAAAUGUGGAUCUUGUGAGCGAACCCGAUGGCGGUUGUUCCAUUGUUCCUUGUUUGAACGUAAAUCUUAGUCCUUCUGCUUGUGGAUUUUUCAUUUAUUUAUUUAUUUUAUUUUGGAAAGGACCUUUCCAGGUAGAUUUUGCGUCUGACAAAAUGAAGCCUUUGUACUUUUCAAUCAAUUAUACCUAAUAUUGACAUUCUGUGUGGUACAAGAGACUUAAAGUGCUGCCUCACUCAGAGGACCAUUAAAGACUUUCUCGGUCGCUACAUGUAGCUGAAUGCGUUACGACACAUCCUUUCUCCCCCCCCGAAUCUUCCGAAAGAUUUUUCCAAAAUGAAGAAAUUUAAUUUUCGCAAAGUUUUGGAUGGUUUAACCGCCGCAUCCCCUGUUGGAAGCAGUGGCGGUGGCAGUGGAAGUGGGGCUGGUGGUGGCUCUGUGCACCCAGGAGGGACUGCGGGAGCUGCAGGGACACCCAGAGAGGAGAUCCAGGAGACGCUCACUUCGGAUUAUUUUCAGAUCUGUAAGACCGUUCGCCAUGGUUUUCCUUACCUACCAACUGCCUUAGCUUUUGACCCAGUUCAGAAAAUUUUGGCAAUUGGAACAAGAACAGGAGCCAUACGAAUAUUGGGCAGGCCUGGUGUUGAUUGCUACUGCCAACAUGAAAGUGGUGCUGCAGUUCUGCAGCUCCAGUUCUUAAUCAAUGAGGGUGCUUUGGUCAGUGCAUGUGCAGAUGAUGCACUUCAUUUGUGGAACCUCCGACAGAAACGACCAGCUAUUCUACAUUCUCUGAAAUUUAACAGAGAAAGGAUUACUUACUGCCAUCUACCUUUCCAGAGUAAAUGGCUUUAUGUUGGAACAGAGAGAGGAAAUACACACAUUGUAAAUAUUGAGUCCUUCAUUCUUUCUGGAUAUGUUAUCAUGUGGAACAAGGCAAUAGAACUAUCCACCAAGACUCAUCCUGGCCCAGUUGUACAUUUAAGCGACAGCCCAAGAGAUGAGGGAAAACUGUUGAUAGGCUAUGAAAAUGGGACUAUCGUGUUCUGGGACUUGCGGUCUAAAAGAGCCGAUCUGAGAGCUUAUUAUGAUGAGGCUAUUCAUUCUGUUGCUUGGCAUCAUGAAGGGAAACAGUUCAUGUGUAGUCACUCUGAUGGCAGCUUGACCCUAUGGAAUCUGAAAAGCCCUAACAGGCCAUUCCAGACCACAAUUCCACACGGAAAAGUUCAAAGAGAUGGAAAAAAACCUGAAUCUUGUAAACCAAUUCUUAAAGUAGAGUACAAGACCUGUAAAAACAGUGAACCAUUUGUGAUAUUUUCUGGUGGACUGUCAUAUGAUAAGCCUUGUCGAAGACCAAGUUUAACAAUCAUGCAUGGGAAAGCAAUUACAGUUCUUGAAAUGGAUCAUCCUAUAGUUGAUUUUUUAACUCUUUGCGAAACCCCAUAUCCAAAUGAAUUUCAAGAGCCCUAUGCUGUAGUUGUGCUUUUGGAAAAAGAUCUCAUUGUCGUUGACCUGACACAAAGCAAUUUUCCAAUCUUUGAAAACCCAUAUCCUAUUGACAUUCAUGAGUCACCUGUUACCUGCACAGAAUAUUUUGCGGACUGUCCUCCAGAUUUGAUCCCUGUACUCUAUUCUGUAGGAGCAAAACAUAAAAAGCAAGGAUACAGCAAUAAGGAGUGGCCUAUCAAUGGUGGAGCAUGGAACCUUGGAGCUCAGACAUAUCCUGAAAUCAUUAUUACAGGCCAUGCAGAUGGAUCAGUAAAAUUUUGGGAUGCUUCUGCCAUUACUCUACAGAUGUUGUACAAACUGAAAACAUCAAAGGUCUUUGAAAAACAGAAAGUGGGAGAAGGAAAAGCAACAGCUGAGAUUGUGGAAGAAGAUCCUUUUGCUGUUCAGAUGAUGUACUGGUGUCCUGAAAGUCGAAUUUUCUGUGUGGCAGGAGUUUCUGCCUAUGUGAUUGUUUACAGGUUCAGCAAACAUGAAGUAAAUACUGAAAUUGCAUCAUUAGAGGUACGACUUCAAUGUGAGGUAGAAGACAUCAUUACUCCUGAACCAGAAACAAAUCCUCCAUUUACAGAUGCCUCAUCCCAGCUACCUUCUUUAAAGAGCCUUUCAGGCAGUACAAAUACUGUAGCAUGUGAAGGAACAAUGAAGGACAGUAUCCCAUGUCUUAGUGUUAAGGCUCGACCUGUGCGGAUGCCUCCUGGGUACCAGGCAGAUCUCAUUAUCCAGUUGGUGUGGGUGGAUGGUGAGCCUCCACAACAGAUUACCAGUCUUGCUGUAAACUCUGCUUAUGGACUAGUGGCUUUUGGGAACUGCAAUGGUUUGGCCGUUGUGGAUUUCAUGCAGAAGACAGUCCUGCUAAGCAUGGGCACCCUCGACCUCUAUGGAUCCAGUGAUCCAUACCAGCGCCAGCCCCGCUCACCUCGCAAGAGCCGGCAGUUUGCUGCAGACAACUUUUGCAUGCGUGGCCUGUCUAACUUUUAUCCAGAUUUAACGAAACGGAUCCGUACUUCCUAUCAGAGCCUGACUGAACUCAAUGACAGUGCAGUUUCCCUGGAGCUUGAGCGUUGCAAGUCCCCCACUUCAGUUAAAGGAUCAAGAAAGUUAAGUCUGCCAACAGAUCUUAAGACUGAUCUUGAUCACGUGAAUGGUCACUGUACAAGCCCAACAUCCCAGAGCUGCAGUUCAGGCAAACGAUUUUCCAGUGCAGAUGUGUCGAGAGCAAACCGCAGAGGGCCUGGCAGGCCCCCCUUCAGGAAAGCCCAGUCUGCAGCCUGCAUGGAGAUUUCUCUCCCAGUCACCACAGAAGAAAAUAGGGAAAACUCCUUCAGCCGUUCCCGAAGCUCCAGUGUGUCCAGUAUCGACAGGGACUCAAAGGAGGCAAUCACAGCUUUGUACUUCAUGGAGUCCUUUGCCCGGAAGAACGACUCGGCUGUUUCCUCCUGUCUCUGGGUCGGAACAGGCCUAGGAAUGGUCAUAAUCCUAUCCCUUAAUCUGCCCGCUAGUGACGACUUACGGCAGUCAGAUCCAGUCAUGGUGUCACCAAGUGGCACCAUCCUGACACUGAAGGGAGCUGUGCUGACCUUCGCGUGCUUGGACUGCAUGGGGACACUGACACAUCGGCCCUAUGAAGUAUGGAGGGAUCCCCACAGUGCUGAUGACGGUGACAAAACAAGGAAAAGGAAACUAGUCAUGCAUUCCCCUUCCUCCUCCCAGGAUAUGGGUGAUCAUCAAUUUGCAGUCAUUUGUUCAGAAAAACAAGCCAAAGUCUUCUCAUUGCCUUCCCAAACAUGUCUUUAUGUCCACAACAUCACCGAAACGUCUUUUUUAUUGAGAGCAGAUGUGGUCACCCUCUGUAACAGCGUCUGUCUGGCGUGCUUUUGUGCUAAUGGGCACAUCAUGACACUGAGCUUGCCCAGCCUUCGCCCACUGCUGGACAUUAACUAUUUGCCAGUCACAGACAUGAGGAUAGCACGGACCUUCUGUUUCACUAAUGAAGGGCAGGCUUUGUACCUGAGCUCUCCCACGGAGAUCCAGCGCCUGACGUACAGCCAGGAGAUGUGUGACAACCUGCAGGACAUGCUUGGAGAUUUGUUUACUCCUGUGGAAACACCAGAAGCCCAAAACAGAGGCUUUCUCAAAGGACUUUUUGGAGGAAGUGGACAAGCUUUUGACAGAGAGGAGCUAUUUGGCGAGGCCACAGCAGGAAAAGCCUCUCGCAGCCUCGCCCAGCACAUCCCAGGAUCUGGCGGGAUUGAAGGUGUGAGAGGAGCUGCAGGUGGGGUCAUUGGGGACCUGACUCGUGCACGCAUUGCCCUAGAUGAGAGGGGACAGAAGCUGGGCGAGCUGGAUGAAAGGACUGCCAGCAUGAUGGCCAGUGCAGAGGCGUUUUCCAAACAUGCACAUGAGGUGAUGCUCAAAUACAAGGACAAAAAGUGGUACCAGUUUUAGACUUUCAAAGAAGCUGCUUGUGGCUUUAUUGAGAACACUGUUCAGAGAAGCAACCUUUAUUCCCAAAUCUAUCAGUCACUGGCCAGAGACAGUUUUAUCUCCUAGAAAAUGUUUUCCUGUUACUAUUCAUCACAGUGGACAUCAAGGAAAAAUUUUACAGACUGUGGGACAGAAGCUGGAAUCAUGAGGGUCUUUCCAACAGCUGACUCAUGGAAUGGCCAAUUUUUGCCAAAAGGAGCUCAACCAUCACUACGGCAUGUAGUUUUUGGAAGCUGUAGGUAUGAACUGUGGGCAGUGCAUCUGGUUAAUAAUAUUCUGUACAAACUCUAAUGUAAUGCACUUAUACAAGUUUGCAUGACUAAUUGCCAACUAAAAAAAAAAAAAAAAAAAAGAAAAAGGAAGCAUGUUGUGAUGUUGUGACCGAAGAAAAAUGGGAUUUAUUUCUAUUCUGAGAAAAAAAAGAAAAAAGAAAAAACACCUUAAAUGACAAAAAAAUCUUUAUUUUUUAAAAGUGACAUUAUAAAAAGCCAGUACAUUUCAAGCAUGUUUGCUACUGUUCUCCACAUAAAAAUUAGUUGAGCUGCAUUUUCUUAUCUGCUAUUUAUUUCUCUUGAAAAGCCUUGCUCAAAAGCUGUGCUCUUUAACUCCUACCAGAAAAGUAAAUAAAUUUAAAAUCCUAUCCCCGAAAUUUAGCAAUUUUGGACGGGCACUAUCUAAAAAGGUCAUUAAGGUGUAUAUAGAUGGUUUAUUUGCAAUUCAGAGCACAUGACACAUCAUCCUAAUCUAUACUUUUUAAAAUGUGCUCUAGAUUCAUCUGUUAUCCUUGAAGUGGGGCCAUGGCACUUUUCAUUCCCAUGAAGUCUGAAUCACUUGGUUGCCUUAUUUCCCAGUAGCAGGAAUAGAAAUCCAGCUUUGGAAAGUAUUUCUUCAAGUUAGGAACGGCAAGAUGGGAAACCACGGUCCCAUCAAACACUGCUCACAGGGGCUGCUUAGCAGCUUGCAGAGCAGCUUAAGUGCUCAGCUGAAAUUAUGAGAGGGGACCUGCACAGAAAACCCCCCAAAACCUUUGAGAGAGAGAGAUUAGGGCAGGAACAUUACACACUGGGCUGGGGAGGAGCAUGGAAAACCAUUGCUAACAUACAUAUGGAACACAGAUAAAGUGACACAAUGGGUGAGUGGCAAUUUAAACUCUGCUCACACUGCUAAAAGUAAUUUGCUUCUGAUUCAAAGUGGCUUGUUUGGUUUUUGCAGUGAAUGCUGCAGAAAACUCUGCAACCUGCAGCCACAGAAGAGAACAGUAGGCUGGAUUUAUUGCCUAUCCUGCUGGAAUGCUCCACCCUAUCCUACAAGACUCACUGCCACACAGGUCAACUCUUAGGUUAGAAAUUUUUCCAAGAUUGGCUUGGAAACAAGGCACUGAAGGCUUCUUUUCAUGUGUCUGACCAUAGUUUCAAAUUAGAAAAAAUAAAGUGAGGAAAAGUUGGGAAAACAGCCUUUAAAGUUUUUCUAUUAAAGAAGUGUUAACAUCUUCUGUCCUUUCAAGGAAUCCUGAUGGACACUGAUGCAGACAGGCAUCAUCCCACUCCCACCUAGACCUUAACUUCACUGGUGUUUGUAUCAUCACAAUGUUCAGAUGAUCCCUCUCAAAGACAUGUUUUCCAUCUCCUUCCUUUACCUACAAUAAAAUACAGCCCAGGAAGUUGUACCAUCCACAAGUCUGGCCUCACAGUUGGCCCACUGAACAAGUUAAAGAGUUGGAAGAGAUCUGAGGUGUCAAGUUUUAAAUUCCCAUUGUAGCAGAACAAAAUUUCAUGAUUUACAGGAUUUUUACAUUUUGCUGUAGGCAAAAUCAAAAUGAUGGUCCUGACAGCUCUAGCUCAACUGAGAAUGUGACUCCAGAAAUUCCUCUAGCACAGGAUAAACUGCUCUACAUUGUCAGAACUGUAGAAACUUGGAGAGGGAAAGGGUCAAAGCCUGAGCAAUGCCUGGGUUUCUGCUGACAGCUUAGGAAUUGGAGUUGUCCAUGACCCAAGAGGAUUUCUCUGUGUGUUAAGGCUAUGCCACUGUGAUGCCAAUAGGAACUGGGUUGGGGAAUUCCUUCCAGGGUCUGGGUCACAGAAAUAACCACUUGUGCUUGUGAGGAAGCACUGCUCUAACCAGGCAUCAAGAAUGAGAAAUAAGGGAGAACAUGACAGCAAUUUGAUCUUCAGUUUAAGCCUGUAUUCAUCAGGCCUGUGCUCUGGCCUAGAAUCCAAACCCGCUGGUCUCUGGGCAACAAAAUCUUUUGGGGCAGCAUUCAAACUGGCCAGCAGCCAGCUUAUUUUCCUUUCUGCCCUGGAGUGUGGCAGUCAGAAGCAGUCCCACAGGCUGAUUGGAAUCAUGGGAUCUUUGAAGAAAAUUUAAGAGCAAUUUCUAACUGCUGAUCACUGCAGCUCACCCAGAAAGAAAAGUGUCCUCAACAAGUCUCUCACACAAAGCCCAACUGGCUCUGGCUGCCAGCAGUCUCUAGUUUAACAUCACGGUGAAAAAAAAAAACAACUGGCAGUAGAUUUCCAUUUGCAUUUUUAUGCAAAAGAGAAAUGAGAAUUUAGCAGCCCUCAAACUUACAAAUUUUAAUACUAAACUUUUAAGUAACUUUUCUCUAGUACUCCCGAUCAGGUCACAGCUUUCCACUCUUACAUAUUUUACAUAUUUCCAGACAGUUACCAAUUACUAUUUCUGUUACGUUCACUACUUGUGACUAUAAUUAUCCAUUUUCUUGUAGUCUGUAGAGAUCUAAAAAUUGUAUA